AUGGGAUCCAUAGAGAAACUAAACAAAUCAGUUGUUAGUCAGAUUCGAUCGCAUGUUAUUUUAAAUUCGUUUGAACAAGUUGUUGGUGAGUUGCUACAGAAUAGUUUGGAUGCUGGGGCAAACACCAUUUCGAUCCGUCUUGAUUUAGAAUCCCUUAGUAUUUACAUACAAGAUAAUGGCAAAGGCAUAUCGCCUGAUGAUUUAGAAAGGGUUACGUUGGAGAAUUACACGUCCAAGUUCAAGUCUGGUCAUAAGCAUAUUUCAACUUUUGGAUAUAAAGGUGAAGCAUUGAAUGCAUUGUCGUCGAUUUCGAAAGUGUCUAUUAUUUCCAAAGUAGAGUCAUUUAAUAGUCCAUACAAGUUAACGGUCCAACAAGAUAGAGCAGUGGUUCAACCAUAUGACAUAAACGCAACUACAGGAUACUUUCAAGCUGAAGAUUUGGGUCCACGAGGAACAGUUGUCACGGCAACGAAUAUUUUCAGUAAUAUUCCUGUUCGAAAACAACAAAUACGAAACUACCCACCGGCUAGAUUGAUUGAUGGUGUAAAACAAGUAAUAUUUGAGUCACUUAUUCGAAAUCCUAAAGUUAAACUACAAGUAAUGAUGGUUAAUAAGGCACAGUUCCAGUUAGAUGAGGUUCUCUCAUUUGAUAAUAGAUGUUGUACAUCUUCUUAUACAAAGUUGUUGCACCAUUUGUUUGGACUCAAGGUUAAGUUCGAGCCGAUAUGUGCACGGUUCAAAGAUAUUAAAGUGUCAGGCAUUAUUGGAACAAAACCAGUCAACUCCAGAAAACACCAAUAUUUUUUUGUAAAUGGUAAACCAUUUCCUAUUCCAGUGGACGAUUUGAACAAAGUGAACAGCUUGUUCACGAGUUUUGGGUUUACCGAAGAUGUAAACUGCUCCACUAAGACAACUGGUAAACCGUUUUACAAAUAUGCUACGUUUUUGAUUAAAGUCAGGUGUGCGGAGAAGCGAUCUGUUUUUCAUGACACUAUACAUUCAAAUACAUGGUGUAUAAUAAUGCAAAUCGUGGAAAGGGUUAUUUCUAAGUAUUUAGAAACCCUUGGAUUUGAGUCAGGAAACAGAAUCAAAGCUCACACACCAUCACCGUUUGCUAGCCCAACAAAGAAAAAAGCUGAUAAGUUUAUAUUAGAUACCAACUCAAAACUUGGUAAUUUAAAUGAAGUGGAAAUGGCUGGUUUAGUAGGAAGCAAUAAAUGUAUUCAGAAUGUCCACCGGUUGCCCACAGCUCCAAAGAAAUUGGCUGUCAAGAAUGAAGCCAAACGGCCAAAUGUGAUUUCCAAAAACUGUUUGUGUCACGAGCAAGAGUACACUUUCGAAGAAAGCUUAGAGUUUAGUAAGGAACACUUACAGCCAGGAAACUACAAAAUAAUCAAACAGUUGGAUAAAAAGUUCAUAUUGGUAACAUUAAAGGAGGAAUUAAUGCGGAUUGUUGUACUUGAUCAACAUGCAACUGAUGAGAGAAUCAAAGUCGAAGAGUAUUUGCAGGAAUUUGUUCAACUGUUGCAAAAGAACCCCGGGUUGAGGCUAAAGGCGCCAUUAACAUUUAGUGUGGCAUCUUCUGAAAUUGCCUUAUUUGAACAGUAUAUUGCAAAUUUCAACACUUUUGGAAUAAGCUAUGGGAUCGAACAGAAAGGUCAAGUGAUUGUAACCCACUUGCCGUUGCUACUUCUAAACAAGAUAUCCCAGGAUUCCGAAUUUCUCAAAGAUGCCCUCUUACAGCAUUGUUAUGAUUUGAACGAACAUGUUAAAAGAGCUCAUGUGAACCUACAUGAUUGGUUUGAAUGCUCAUAUCAUUUACCGCGGAUCAUUAUCGAGCUUAUAAAUUCGAAAGCCUGCAGGUCAGCUAUUAUGUUUGGAGAUGAAUUAAAUCAUGAUGAUAUGGAAAGACUUGUUGGAAAACUACGUCACUGUAAAUUGCCAUUUCAAUGUGCUCAUGGUAGACCAUCGAUAGUCCCAUUGGCUCGACUUGAAUAA